GUUAGUAGGGCUGCAAUGCUGUUUUCCAAUUUUAAUUUGCAAUUUUGCAUUUUGAAUUGUUGGCCACAAGGAGCUUUUACUGAAUUUGGUAGCUGUACAGUCAUUAGCUUGCAGCGUGUAUAGCUUAAUGGAAGAUGUAGUCUCGGAAACAGCCUCUCUACCUGCCAAGGUAGGGGUAAGGUCUGCGCCAGACCCCACUUGUGGGAUUACACUGGGUAUGUUGUUGUUGUUGUAUUUGCAAUCCUGCGUUUUUGUCUCUGAUACAGGGGUAAACUUUUUUACAGAGAUGGAUUUGUCCAUCUGGGAUCUACCUUACACUCAAGAUGAAAACAGUUUUCCGGCAAACAACUUGGCUCAAAACUUCUAUUUCAAUCAAAAGCUUGAUACUAUAGAGGAAGAUGCCAUAAAUGAGAGAUGUUGUCUGCAAGUGCUAGAGAUACUUAUUGCAAAAGCUGAUACAGAAAUUGUUGAACUUGAAGAUGAUAUAGUGAUGCAAGAAAGCCAACUAGCCCGUGCUGAUGAAAAAUGGUUGGACAUGUGCAUUGCUGGUUUGAAUAAAAAGAUUGAUCACCUUGGUAGUUUGAUAACGGCCUUGAAAAAUGAAAAUGUACAAUGUUCUGGUGUUCACUUACAAACAAAUAGAAAACCCUCAGAGAGAAUCCAUGAGAAAUUAGAGACACCGCUGAGAAAUUUCUCUUCUACACUAGACAAGCAGCCUGCAAACUCUACUCUUGGAAGCUCAAAGCUAGCUGCAGCUGUUCGUAUGAAAGUUGAAACAACAGACGACCACAAUUUAAAGGAUACGGAGACUGUUGGAAUGAAUGGUAGUUUCUCUGUCCAGGCAAAUGUUACAGUCCAGACACCUUCUGUGGUUGAAGAAAGAAAUCAUCAAAAAACAGAUGAUUACACAAUCACCAAAGGUUCCAGUGCAAAGGAAAGCCAUGCUAGUGAAAAGUUCACUACGAAGGUUUUGGACAAGUCUGAUAUUCCCGCAAAGCUGAUUAGUGCAAGCAAAAGAGAAAGUCCUUCACAUCUCAACAAUCAGUUGGCAUGUGCUGUUUUAAAGAGUGCAAGCACAAAGCCUCUAAAGGACAAAGCUCAUUCUUGUGGAACAACAAAGAAGAAGAUCAAUAUAUCAGAAGAUACUUUGGAGGAUGAAAUGAUGCAACGAAGGUCUAAUGAUGAAAGGAUAAUCAUAAAUUCAUCUCCAGAAGUCGAGGAAACAAGCACUGGAAAAGAACCUAAGCCUGCUGGAGCAAUUCUGGUGACCCGUCUAAGUGCUGUAAAACAAGAACCUAGAGAAUCCGGAUAUGAUGAACAGACACAGAAUAGAGGGAAGGCUGGUCAGACUAGAGAAAAACACACCUCAAAUCAGUUGGUAAGUAAAAAGCAGACUGGUGCAAAAUCUGUUCUUGGAAUAAAGGGAGAAGAAGGUCUGCCCACUGAAACUGGUCAUACUAAAAAGGAGGACAGAAGCAAGCAACUGGAAAAAUUACAAGGUGAACUGCUAGUGAAGCAAUUCCCCAAAAGUCAAGUACUAACAGUAAGUAAAUCUAACUCAAAGUUGUCCCUGAAGAUAGAAGGUCAGAGGCUGAACUUCAAAUGUAACGUACCUUCAGAAAUGGUUAAAGAGCCAUGUCUUGCCAAGGAAUUAGGAUUCAAGUCACCUUCUGGUCUAAAACUCAAGAGGCAGUGGAAGACUGAAAGUAAGAAGGAGAAUGGAGGUGAUGAGUUUGGAUACAAAGCAAUCAGGGGAAGUCCAGAGACCAGUUCAACUUCUUUGAUUCACAUGAAGAAGAGAAGGAUAACAAGUUCCACAGGACCAGUCCUCCAAGAGAAUGAGAAUUUUAGAGAUUUUCAGAAUAGACUGGUAAAAUCACAUGACAGAUCAAAUCAAAAUGUUAGAGUCAAUAAAGUUGAGAAUGAUGAACUUAUUGAUUCCACAGCAUUCAUUGUUCCAUCAACAAACAUAGCAGAUCUCGAGAAAAUGACAAUCAAUCAACUCAAGGCCGUGGCAAAGCAAGAGAAACUGCGCGGCAUAUAUAAGCUUCGCAAGGCUGAGCUGCAAGAACUCCUUCGCUUUAAGCUGCUAGCUAAAGGUCGGUCAACAUAAAGCAAUCUCUAUAUCCACUUUUUGUUUGCACAUUCUCAAAUUAGACAUAACAGAAUCGUUUACAAGUUCUUAUGGGAAGAAAAGGAGCUCUCAAGGGGAAAAAGGGAUACUAACAAAUGAUGUUCAUAUAACCAAAUGUACAGAGACAUUGAAGCUUUGCUUAUAACGAAUAGAUAUAUGAGAAAGAAUAUAGAAAAAUUGGUUCUAGGAAUUAAUUGUAGCCAAGUUCUUCCGGGAAGGCUUUACUUCUUUUGUUACUAAUUACCCUUCUUUUGGUACUGAAUUGAUCAUUACCAUGAAACUUCCUUUGUAAAGCUAAGUUUCACCGUUUGUUUAGUUUGCUAA